AUGAAGCCAGGCGAGGCGGGUAUGAGGGAAGAGAUAGGCGGUACGAUGACCGAGGGAGGGGACGCGGUCGGGGUCGAGGAAGGGGAAGGGGUGGCGGAGGAUACGGGGGAGGGAGAGGCAGCGGGUAUGGCGCUCGUGGCAAUUCUCGCCACUCGCGCUCGCGGUCUCCUCUACCUCACAGGGCGCCGUCGAAUCGUUCUUCCCGCUCGCCUGCUCCCGCAGCUAGGACAGCAGCCCGUCGAUCUCGCUCUCGGUCCUCCAUAUCGUCCUUCCGCUCUUCCAAGUCGAGACUUGCGUCGCCGGACACCAGGCGUAGCCCGUCGAAGCGGGACAUUUCUUCUCAAGGAGAUCGUCGCUCAGGUAUCCCAGCAGCCCAUCACACCUGCAGCGCCGCCCCCGCUCGCCCGGCCCACUCCUGUCGCGGUGCCACUACACGGGAUGGUCCGCAUGCCGCCCGCCGGUCCCCGCAGCGAGCGGAUCCCCCUCGGACCUCGCUCAUUCCUUCCUCCUCCACCUCCCCCUCCACCUACCGCACCUCCUCGUUCUCAGAUCCCUGCAUCUCCCGCACGGCCCGUCCAGUCACCCUCCCCUAUCCCUCCGCCACCACCUCCUCUUCCUUCGGAUCCGCCCGUGUCACCCGUUGCCCAGCCCCGCCUGUCCUGGUCGGAACGCAUCAAAGUGUCGCCCGUGACCUCCACAUUCCCGGCGAAUAGGUCUCAGGCGGAGACAGGAAGUCCAUACAACUCAUCACAAGGCCGUGCUCCUAUAGAGGCAGGACCUCGGCCAAACCCAUAUACCGCUCCUUCUUCCCAGGAGGACUACCGUCCUGAUACACCCCCUCCACCUCGUGCUCAGACACCGCCUCCUCCGCCUAGGCAGCGCACGCCGCAACCUGUUGGACCGACGGCAGAGGAGCUCGCGGAGAGACAGCGGAAGGCGGACGAGGCGAGGGUUUUGUCGGAAAUACCGGCGUUGGCUGCAGGGUAUAUGGGCGGAAGUUGGGAACACGAGGUCAACCGGCAUCAUGCUCUGCUACAUCCGAUCGAGAUCAAAACGUUACGUGCGCAAGCGGCGUUGCGAAUCGCGCAGGCUAUCCUGGCGGAUGCAGAGCUGGAGAGGGCGGCGGCUUUGGAGAGGCGGCACGGAGCGGACGCGUUGGAGCAGAAGAGCAGUAUGAGCAUGGGUGUGUUUAGCGGGGUGUAG